AAAUUAUUUAAGUAAGUUAACUAAUUACAAGUUAGUAAGUUUAUUUGUAACUUUACAAGGACUACAUCUGAGCAUAGUUACUGUGUUUUACUUGUACAUUACAUUAAAUUGGUUCUUGUUUUUAGUAUUUGGAUGUUCAUUAGUUAGUUUGAAUUGAGGUCACGUUUAUCCAUCUGUAACCAAAAUUGGUAUAAUUAUAAUAAGAUUUUAUCGAUAGAAUUAUCCCGAUGGUCUCUAUUGUAAACAUAAUCAAUCGGAUUGCUUUUGAUCAUUUUUACUUAACGUUAGUUUUUGCUUUGUCUUAAAUGGAAGCUAUUUUCCAAAUGAAAUCACCAUUGACAGAUUGAGAUCUCAAAUAGACAUGGCCCGAGUUAAAAGAGGUGUUGAGAGAUCCAAUACAAUUAUAUUUUGUGUUUGAUUCCUUUACAAAAGAGAGAAGGAAAUAAGAAAUAAACAAAGAACGACCAACAAAUACAUGUAAUAGUAACAUAUCUUGACUUUGCAGCAUAUCCGUCCACACCAAUCCCGCCGUACUUCUCUUCAUUCAGAACUAUGCACGAUUUCCACGAAUGGUGGAAUCAAAACAAACCAACAUUUGUCCAUUUCUUACAACAUUUUCCACUACAAACAAAAUCUAAGCCAAACUUUUCCAGCCAAAAACCUUCAACAAUCAGCUCAGCAAGAAUCUCCUCCAAUUACGCCGAAACCAGUCCAAAUGGACCACCUUAAAAUUUACAAAUCCCAGCAGCCUUCUUUCUUGUUUUCUUUCCCAAGUGUCAAACUUACUGGUCACGAUCAGGAACCUUCUGGCUUUCCAUUUUGAUGCUUAUUUCAAGGAAAACACUCUUUCAGAUUGUAACAUAACUCUAAACAAUAUGGAUCUACUGGAGAUUUGGUUAGUUUUCAUUGUGAGCAACUAUUUCUCGCUUGCCUCUUCUCUGAACGAAGAGGGAUUAGCUCUGCUUUCAUUCAAAAGCUCAACUUUUGAUUCUCAAGGGUUCCUCCAAAACUGGAACUUGUCUGAUGCAACGCCGUGUUCAUGGAAUGGAAUCACUUGUGCAGAACAAAGAGUUGUCUCUCUCAGUAUUGUAGACAAGAAACUCUCUGGUACUCUCCAUCCUGCACUCGGGAAACUUGGGUCACUCCACCAUUUGAGCCUUCAGAACAACAAUCUUUUCGGAAGCUUCCCAACUGAACUCUACAACCUGGUAGAGUUACAAAGCUUGGACCUCUCACAAAAUCUCUUUAAUGUUUCUAUUCCAGAUGGGUUUGGUUCCCACUUGACAUCUCUUCAGAAUCUCAAUCUUUCCUUCAAUGUGAUCCACGGUCCGAUCCCUGCUGACUUUGGCAACUUGACCAACUUGCAAGGUACUCUUGAUUUGUCUCACAAUGUCUUUACAGGCCCAAUCCCAGUGAGCCUACGCAGCCUCCCUACAACCCUUUAUAUUGAUCUCAGUUACAAUAAUCUCAGCGGCUCAAUUCCACCACAAGAAGCUUUCCAGAACCUUGGACCAACAGCUUAUGUUGGGAAUUCGUUUCUCUGUGGACUUCCCCUUAAUGUUUCAUGUUCAUUCGUAAUGCCACUGCCAAACCACGACUCAUGGUUCCAUUGCCCAUCACAUGGAAAAGGUGGAAAAGCUUGUUCCAUAAUCACAGGCUCGGCUAGUAUCAUAGUUGGUUUCUGCUUGGUUAUCCUAGUAGUAUUUUGGUGCAAGAGAGCUUAUCCGGCUAAAGGUAGUGAAAAUCUAAAUGGCUCCUGUAACUUUCGGCAGGUAUUGAUGCUUAAAACAGAGUUUUCUUGCUUCGCAAAACAUGAAGCUGAGCCCCUACAAGAAAACAUGGAUAACUAUAACUUUGUACUACUUGAUCGGCAAGUCGACUUUGAUCUUGAGCAACUUUUGAAAUCCUCAGCUUAUCUUCUAGGCAAGAAUGGGAAUGGGAUUGUGUAUAAAGUGGUUCUAGAGAAGGGACUAAAGCUUGCAGUAAGAAGGUUGGAAGAUGGAGCAUAUGAAAGAUUUAAAGAGUUUCAAACUGAAGUUGAAGCAAUAGGGAAAGUGAGGCACCCCAAUAUUGUAGCUCUUUUAGCUUAUUGCUGGUCUGAUGAAGAGAAGCUGCUCAUUCAUGAGUAUAUACCUCAGGGAGACCUAGCCACUGCAAUUCAUGGAAAAGCAGAAAUUUCCUACUUCAAACCACUUUCUUGGACUGAUCGUGUGAAAAUCAUGAAAGGAAUAGCAAAGGGAUUGACAUAUCUUCACGAAUUCAGCCCAAGAAAAUACGUCCACGGCGAUUUGAAACCAACCAACAUUCUCCUAGGCAACAACAUGGAACCCUACAUCGCAGAUUUCGGACUCGGACGACUAGCAAAUGCCGCCGGAGAUUUCACCUGCCCACCAUCGGAACAAACCACCACGGCAACGCCGCGGCGGUCUCCAUUCCGAUCAAAUUCCAUGUGCUCCUCUCUGUCGAUAGGGUCGUAUUAUCAAGCCCCAGAAGCGUUGAAGGCGGGAAAACCAUCGCAGAAGUGGGAUGUUUACUCGUUGGGGGUGAUAUUACUAGAAAUUAUAACGGGAAAGUUUCCGGUGAUUCAAUGGGGUUCAUCGGAGAUGGAACUGGUAGAAUGGGUGGAGCUUGGAAUGGAUGAAGGGAAAAGGGUAUUGUGUGUGAUGGAUCCAUCGAUGUGUGGGGAAGUGGAGAAGGAAGAAGCUGCGGCGGCCAUUGAAAUAGCUGUUGCUUGCACUCGGAAGAACCCUGAGAAGAGACCUUGUAUGAGAAUUGUCUCUGAAUGUUUGGAAAAAUUGGGAACUUCAUCGUAAUUGAACCGUAAUUGCAAAAUGUGAAGAUGAAGAACGUCUCAUGCAUCACCGCCGAAGAACAUGAAUGAAUCUCUGUGUCUCCUACGAUAUUGGGAAUCUAACCUUUAUUUUUUAGAUUAGAUUUCAAAAGUUCAAAUAAUAAACACAUAUAAAUUGUAAUCUAAUAAUAAACAUAUUUAUAUUUAUGAAAAUUGUAUAAGAUUACGAAAA